AUGUUAAAAAAGAUCCACCGCAUCCGGAUCAUGCUCACCAGCCGCAACGUGAAGUCGCUGGAGAAGGAGUGUGCCGACCUGAUUAGAGGCGCCAAGGAGAAGAACCUGAACGUGAAGGGGCCCGUGCGCAUGCCCACCAAGACCCUGAGGAUCACUACGAGAAAAACACCUUGUGGGGAAGGCUCCAAGACUUGGGAUCGUUUCCAAAUGAGAAUCCACAAGCGCCUCAUUGACUUGCACAGCCCCUCCGAGAUAGUUAAACAGAUUACAUCCAUCAGUAUUGAGCCGGGCGUGGAGGUUGAAGUCACCAUUGCAGAUGCCUAAGUCAACUGUUUUAAUAAAUUGACUUAAUCGG